AUGGAUCACACGCGCGACCCUUGCCCCUGGGUCAUCCUGAAUGACUUUGGCGGUGCCUUUGCCAUGGGCGCCAUCGGCGGCACAAUAUGGCACGGUAUCAAGGGAUUUCGCAACAGUCCUUACGGCGAACGUCGGAUAGGCGCAAUCACAGCAAUCAAGGCCAGAGCUCCCGUACUUGGAGGAAACUUUGGUGUCUGGGGUGGACUUUUCUCAACAUUCGACUGCGCCGUCAAGGGUGUCCGCAGGAAAGAGGAUCCCUGGAACGCCAUCAUUGCAGGUUUCUUCACUGGUGGAUCUUUGGCCAUAAGAGGCGGUUACAAGGCUGCCAGAAACGGUGCCAUUGGUUGUGCGGUAUUGCUUGCUGUCAUUGAAGGUGUUGGUAUCGGUUUCCAGAGAAUGUUGGCAGGAAGCACAAAGUUAGAGGUCCCUCAGCCUCCACCCAGCAACGAGACGGCCCUGGCCUAA